AUGAAAGCCCAAAACUUGGUUCUCGCGGCCAUAGCCAGCUACGCCGGUGUAGGCGAGGCUGCUGUCUGCUGGACCAACGGCUUUAACUUGCUCAUGGGGGGCCAACCUUGGGGUGCCGGGUGCAACCAGCCUCCAGUAAACCCAGCACCGCCGCCGCCACCAGCCUGCGUGCCCACCACAACCACCACCACAUUCACCACCACUACCACGAUCACCGCCUACACCAUCAACCCAGCCGUCGCCGCCGCCGCUACAGGGGCAUGCAUGGCGCUCAACCCACCGAGAAACACGCCGCUUUUCGAUUCAGGCGGUAACCCGGGCCUUGCUGCGUCCCCAUCUACUCCGGGGGUGUACAGGUAUGCUAGAGGACGCAAUGGUACGACAGGGUGUUUAGGACGGGAUGCUUCAAUUUUUAGUACAAGUGGGCCUUUCGCGUAG